UCCACAUUUCAAAUCAGAGAGAGAGAGAGAUUUGCAGAGGUCCUGCAAUGGCGUCUAACAACGGAAAGAAAGAACCUCAAAGCUUCCAGAAGCAUCCAGAAGAUCCCAACUCCCCCGAUCGACCUACGAUUGAGGAGGUGGCCCUUGUCGUGCCGGAAACUGACGACCCGUCGCUCCCCGUCAUGACAUUCCGGGCAUGGUUCCUCGGAAUCACGUCUUGCACUGUCCUCAUGUUCCUCAACACCUUCUUCACGUAUCGGACGCAGCCGCUGACGAUUUCGGCGAUCCUGAUGCAGAUCGCCGUCCUUCCGAUCGGGAAGUUCAUGGCGUCUUCCCUUCCCACCAGGCAAUACAAGCUGAUGGGAUGGGCAUUCUCCCUCAAUCCUGGACCGUUCAAUAUGAAAGAGCACGUGAUCAUCACCAUCUUCGCCAAUUGCGGCGUAUCCUACGGUGGUGGGGACGCCUACUCGAUCGGCGCGAUCACAGUCAUGAAGGCCUAUUACAAGCAGAGAUUGGGUUUUUUCCUCGCCCUCUUGAUCGUCUUGACUACACAGAUUUUGGGGUAUGGAUGGGCUGGGAUGCUUAGGAAAUAUUUGGUUGAGCCUGCUGAUAUGUGGUGGCCGUCCAACCUUGCUCAGGUCUCUCUGUUCAGAGCGCUCCAUGAGAAGGAUUCUCGAUCGAAAGGUCUCACCCGGAUGCAGUUCUUCCUUAUCUUCCUGGUGGCAAGCUUUGCUUACUAUGCUUUACCCGGCUAUCUGUUCCCUAUCCUGACAUUCUUUUCAUGGGUUUGUUGGGCAUGGCCCCGCAGCAUCACAGCCCAGCAGAUUGGAUCUGGGUACCAUGGACUUGGAGUGGGUGCAUUCACUCUCGACUGGGCUGGGAUAUCGGCCUACCACGGCAGCCCGUUGGUGACACCUUGGUUCUCCAUUGUCAAUGUUGCAGUUGGAUUCAUCAUGUUUAUCUACAUAAUCAUCCCUUUAUGUUACUGGAAAUACAAUACUUUUGAUUCGCGGAAAUUUCCAAUAUUUUCGAGUAACCUCUUCACUUCAAGUGGGGGUACUUAUGAUACUACGAAGAUCUUGACCCCUCAGUACGACCUCAAUAUUGCCGCAUAUAAUAGUUAUGGGAAGCUCUACCUCAGUCCCCUUUUUGCACUCUCGAUAGGAUCGGGAUUCGCAAGGAUUACUGCAACCAUCACCCAUGUUGCUCUCUUCCAUGGCAGUGAUAUUUGGAGACAAAGCAAAUCAGCAAUGAACUCGGCGAAAAUGGAUAUCCAUGCGAGAUUGAUGAAGAAUUACAAAGAUGUUCCUCAAUGGUGGUUCCUUAUUCUGUUAGUAGGCAGUGUUGUGCUAUCUCUGCUAAUGUCAUUCAUGUGGAAAAAAGAUGUACAGCUACCAUGGUGGGGGAUGUUUUUCGCAUUCGGCCUGGCGUGGAUUAUUACUCUUCCCAUUGGAGUCAUUCAAGCAACUACAAAUCAGCAACCUGGCUACGAUAUCAUAGCGCAAUUCAUAAUCGGAUACAUCAUGCCCGGGAAGCCGAUCGCGAAUCUGCUUUUUAAGAUCUACGGACGGAUCAGCACCAUCCAUGCACUUUCUUUCUUAUCCGAUCUGAAACUAGGCCAUUACAUGAAAAUCCCACCUCGGUGCAUGUUUACAGCUCAGCUGGCCGGGACUGUAAUUUCAGGCACUGUCAACCUUGCAAUCGCAUGGUGGAUGCUUGGGAGCAUCGAGAACAUCUGCGACGUUGAAGCUCUCCAUCCAGAAAGCCCAUGGACGUGCCCAAAAUUCAGGGUCACAUUCGACGCAUCCGUCAUAUGGGGCCUCAUUGGACCGAGGCGGCUGUUUGGGCCCGGCGGAAUGUACAGGAACUUGGUCUGGCUGUACCUAAUUGGAGCGGUCUUGCCCGUGCCCAUAUGGAUACUUAGCAAGAUCUACCCGGAGAAGAAAUGGAUUCCAUUGAUCAACGUACCAGUUAUCUCCUACGGUUUUGCAGGAAUGCCGCCUGCGACUCCCACCAACAUCUCCAGCUGGCUCAUCACAGGGACCAUCUUCAACUACUUUGUUUUCCGGUACUGGAAAGGGUGGUGGAAGAAGUAUAACUACGUUCUAUCGGCGGCAUUAGACGCUGGGACGGCGUUCAUGGGUGUUCUUCUGUAUUUCGCGCUGCAGAAUGAGCAUGUGAGCCUGAAGUGGUGGGGCACCGAUGUGGACCAUUGCCCAUUGGCUAAAUGCCCGACUGAACCCGGCAUUUCCGUAAAAGGGUGCCCAGUUUUCUAGCCAUCGAUUUACAUAUCACACAGGUGUGGCCAUGCAGAUGAUACAUGGUGAGGAGCCUACUAUUAUCACAUGCAUAAUCUCACACUCCAUGGGGGCCGUCGUAAACGUGUGUCGGGAGUGCUCGUCUCGCUGGCUAGAUCAUGGGUGGUCCACUAUCUGAAAGUCACACGAAGAUGAUCUUAACCAUUGAGUCAAGGAGCUGGUCUGGUUAAAUAAAGUUAGCCAGCUGACGGAAUUCAGUGUAGACAAUUUAACUUCGAAAUAACCGUUAGGAUCGUCCGAUCAGUGCAGUUUUUGGGCUGUGGCCAUUUUCAGUGCAACAAUCCUCUGCUUACUGAAGAUUAGUUGUGAAGAAAUGAUAGUAGAAAUCUAUACAUGGUACAGCUUUUUCCUUUUUCUUUUUACAUGUGGGAUCCACCAAUGAUGUAUUUGUGGAAUCCAAAGCGUGGAUCUUGUGCA